GGGCGGAGCUUCAUUUAUUACCGGCGGCAGGAGGGGACACGCGGGACUGCACUUCUCAAACGCCGGUUUAGAUUGAAGCGCAGCUGCGCCUCGGGUAUCUACGACAGGCGCGGACCUCCAUGUGAGUGGAAACACAACAGCCCUACAGCUCUCCGGCUGCUUGUUGGAGAAAAUGUCUAACGUUGACUGGAGGCCCUUUGUUUUCGGCGGACUCGCUUCCGUCACUGCAGAAUGCGGGACUUUUCCAAUCGACCUGGCCAAAACACGUCUUCAAAUCCAAGGCCAGGUAGGCGACAGCAGAUACCGAGAGAUCCGGUACAGAGGCAUGCUCCAUGCCAUGGUGAGGAUAGUGAGAGAGGAGGGGCUCCGCACGCUGUACUCCGGAUUAGCUCCUGCUAUGCUGCGACAGGCCUCUUAUGGGACCAUCAAAAUUGGCACAUACCAGAGCUUGAAGCGGCUGCUGGUUGACAGACCAGAGGAUGAGACUUUGCUGACUAAUGUGAUGUGUGGUGUUCUCUCUGGAGUCAUCUCGUCCUCCAUCGCCAACCCCACUGAUGUGCUGAAGAUCCGCAUGCAGGCUCAGGGAAAUGUGAUCCAUGGCAGUAUGAUGGGCAACUUCAUCAACAUUUACCAGCAGGAGGGGACAAGAGGACUGUGGAAGGGCGUCUCUCUAACGGCUCAGCGGGCUGCCAUCGUGGUCGGGGUUGAGUUACCUGUCUAUGACAUCACGAAGAAGCACCUGAUCCUGUCUGGUCACAUGGGGGACAACGUGUACACCCACUUUGUGUCCAGCUUUGCAUGUGGUCUGGCGGGGGCUUUGGCUUCCAACCCAGUGGACGUGGUGCGGACCCGUAUGAUGAACCAGAAGGGCGUCGCUCUAUACCAGGGAACUCUGGACUGCAUACUGCAGACGUGGCGCUCUGAGGGCGUCAUGGCACUCUACAAGGGUUUCUUUCCCAACUGGCUCCGCCUGGGACCGUGGAACAUCAUUUUCUUCCUCACGUACGAACAGCUGAAGAAGAUCAACGUGUGACUGGAGGAACAAGACGGCAAAAAGGAGAAGAGCACUUGGUCGCGCUCAGGGACGAGCUGAGGACCAAAAUCUGGAAUGGCUGGAUGGUGAUGGAUCCUACAUGGAACCGCAGGAGGAGGAGGAAGAGGAGGAGGAGGUGGGGGGGGGUUCAUGCAGACCUACGCGUGAGGGGCGGUGUGCACUUAUAAGUGCCAUAGUUUGAUACUGGCAGUCUGCGCCUGUGUUUGCAUCAGAACCGAGAAUGUCGGAUAGAAGUUGAGAAUCAUUCCCUUUUUAAGAAAAGAAAAAAACGCUUGUGUGCACGAGUCAACAAACUUGGAUUGCGAUGUGGGUUUUUAUUUUUUUAUUUUCUAUAUUUAGUUUGCUGCAUGGCAAGUAUUUAUUCAAAGAUUCUCCCAGGAGGGCCUGCGGAGUUCAGAGCCAAGAAUACAUCACUGUGUACUGUAAUAAAUAACAGUAUAAAUGGCCUGAAGACCCGUAUGUGGGUGCUUAGACUCGAGUCACACACUCGCCCUUAUGUGGGAAGACUAGUGGCCUGUCAUGCCAGAGAGGGCAGACAGUAAAUAUAACCGGGGUCAUCUGGGUGAGGGUUCCCUCGGUUGUUAUGUGUUGCAUUUAAAGAAAAACACAGCCAUUAUUUAGGCCUUCGUACGAUAUCGCACGCUGCUUUUAAGUUCAGACCAGUGAGACGCAUUUAUGUUUCCAAACGGUGUCGUUUCUUAAAAGUACCAUGGCCGAUGAUCCACAUGUAAGUCCAGGGAUUUUAUACAGUUCAUUUACACGCUAUGAGCUUUGGAUGAAACUAAUGAGCACAUUGCUGCCUGUCGAGCGUUGCUGUCUAUGUGGAAGUUUACUUUUGGCAUAAAUGCUACUGUUGCUGUUUUUAUUAAAUAAAAGACAAAACCCA